AUGCCGUUGUCGUCCAUCCAGCUCCGCCAGCCAGUCCGCCGCCCCUCGCCACCUCGAGAGCGGCUGCGGACCGCCCGGGUGGCGCCCCGCACCACGCGGACCACACGGACAAGCACACGGACGAGCACACGGACGAGCACACGGACGAGCGCGCGGACGAGCACGCGGAAGACGCGGGCAGUCAGCCGUUCAAGAGCACGCCGACGCCGUGCCAAAGAGGAAUCCAAGCGCAAGAGCGAUUACAGACGGGCUCUGCGGCGAAGUGACCGAGACGUGACAAGACGGACGAAGGUCAGCUAUAAGGAGAGCAAGCGGCCGACGGAGCCGCCUCGCAGGCGCGAGCCUGCUCCCGAGGUUGCAAAGGAUCCUCCUCGACAUGAGCAGGAUCUCAUUGAAUGUUCGGUGCAUCACAAGAAAAGGAGUUGGGACAAGAUGGAAGCAAACGAAGAGAAGAAGUGGGUCUGCGUGGCCUCGUGCCCCUGCGUCGUUCACUUGGGCGGCCGCCACGGCUGGGAGACGCUGCGCAGAGCCUUGCAGAGUCGUGGAGAGGAGCUUUUGCUCGAGAAGCUUGAGGCCCUGGUAUUGGCGGAAUCCACCGAACCCGAAGGUAGCCUUGGGCUGGACACCGAGGUGGCGCAGGCGCGGCUUGAAGCGCUGCCUCCACCACAGGCGCUGCAGGAGACGACGCGGCAGGCGCUUCCACCGGUGGCUCCAUCUCUUCUGGUGGCGGCUCCGGAGGUCGUGGCUGCUCCAGCUCCUGCUCCAGCUCCUCCUCCUGCUCCUGCUCCUGUGAAACAUCUGCUGGAAGGGGAGAUCGACCCUAAUGAUUUGUGA